AUGAAGAUUCUAUCAUGGAAUAUUAGAGGGUUGGGGAGGAAGGAGAAGAGAAGCAGGUUAAAGAAGCUUUCAAAUGAGAGAAAUGUAGAUGUUGCUUUGUUCCAAAAGACAAAGAAAUCAGAAAUAACAGAGGAUGAAGUCAGAUCAGUGUGGGUAAGGGGCAAAAUGGAGUUUAUGGUGGUGGAUGCUGUAGGAUCUACGAGGGGAUUAUUGUGUAUUUGGGAUCUAGAUGUAUUCCAAGUUAAGGACUAUUGUAGCAAUAGAAGAUUUAUAUUAUUAUCAGGUACUCUCUUUAACCAAUUUGACUGUGCUAUUCUAAACAUUGAUGCACCUAAUGAUGUGGGCUCAAGAGGGAAUCUGUGGAAUUGUUUGUUGAAGUUGAAUGACGAAUUUCAUAAUCCCUGGUGUUUAGGAAGGGAUUUUAAUGAGAUUAGGCAGAUUAGGGAAAUGAAAGGGUGUUCAAGGAGAGAUAGAAGCAUGAAAGAAUUUAAUGAGUUUAUUGAUAAGUGUGAGGUAUCUGAUUUACCACUACUUGGGAGGAGGUUCACUUGGUGUAAUUCAUGUGCUAGUGAGAAUUGGAGUAAAAUAGAUAGAAUACUUGUAGAUCCAAAGUGGCUUGAGGUGUUUAAUUUUAAGCUGUGGGGUCUACCCAGACUGGUCUCUGAUCACUGCCCUCUCCUUUUGAUGGAGGAUGAGAGGGACUGGGGCCCAAAACCCUUUAGGGUACUAAAUGCUUGGUUCUUACAUAAAGAUUUUCACAAUUUCUGGAAGUCAAAUUGGAAAGAGUCCAGAGUAGAAGGCUGGGCUGGGUUUAUACUGUUUCAAAAAUUGAAGAUAUUGAAAAGUAGCCUCAAAAGUUGGAAUGUGGAGGUUUUUGGAAAUGUACUAAAUAAAUUGAAGGAAGCAGAGGGUGAACUUCACAACUUUGAUAUUCUGGCUGAGGUCAGAGACCUUGAUGGUGCGGAAAAAGUUAUGAGAAAUGAAGCUGGAGCUGAGAUCUGA